AGUGCCAAGUAGUUCCUGCUAAGCUACCAGAAGUUUUCUGCGAAUAUUCUGCAUAUUACACCAUGACAAUAAUCAAUUACUGUUCUUAACUAAACUUAUUGUCUAAGAACUCAAUUAUAUAUUAGUUUUUUACGCGCCCGUUUGUCGCAAGAGCGUAUUGAUACUGUUGAUUUCGUUGUCUAAAGAUGGCUGCUAUUGUUCGACGUGUCCAAAUGGUUGGACGUAUAAACGUAUUUUUAUCUGUUACUUUUUUUCUGACACUCACAUCAUCGGUUUUAUCUCGAAACCUUGACCAAAACGAACAAUCGAAACUUGGGGUUGGUCUUGGUGCUGACCAAGGUGUACCAUUACACCAAGGGCAAGGAAAUUUAGUGCCAAAUGCCGGUGCAUUUAAUGUUCCAAGCAAUUCUCUUGGAGGUCAGGGCAUAGGAAACAAACACCAAGUAAAUGCAGGUCUAGCACAAUUGAAGGCGGGAUUGGAUAAAGCAGGACAAAUGCAUCAAAUGGGUGCUGGACAACAAAUAAGACAAGACGGACAAGGAAUAAGACAAGACGCAAGGAAGAAUGUCAUGUUGUCAACACAUCCAGACUGUGAAGAAGAUAUUCUACAGCAUUGUGAUACCAAAAAUAUGAGAAUGAACAACUUUGCAGUCCUUGAUUGCUUGCAGGAUGCUGAAGUUCAGAUUCGAGUGUCUGAUAGGUGUCAACAUCUUGUCUGGGAGUACAAAUUAAAUCUUACCAAGGACGAUCGAUUCGAGUCAGGUGCCAAUGAAGUUUGCAAAAAAGCAUUUGAAGAUAAUCCUGAAUGCCAUGCUGAGAGCGCGGGAAAAGGAACAAGAAUUCCAUGCUUGAUCGAGGUAAUGGACAAUAUCACAGACCAGGGCUGCCAUCGUUUCCUCACGAAGAUGGCGAGCAUCGUAUUUGGGGACUUCAAUCUUGUCUACCAUUUCAUGGACCACUGCGGAGCUGACAUAAAGUCACAUGGAUGUGGCAGGAUCGAUACUGACUCUGAUAAAAUGCAUGCCCAAGGCAAGACGAUCCUAUGUCUGGCACGGCAGAUCGCCGUUCUUCAGGAGCCAUGUAAGAAGCAGGUGCUUCGGGUGGCGGAGCUGCAGGCAGACGACUACCACAUGGACCGUUCUCUGUACUAUGCAUGUCGGGGAGCCCGAGAGCUUCUUUGUGAGGACACCCAUGCGGGCAACGGGAAGGUGUUCCAGUGUCUGUAUGAGAAAAAGAUGGACCCUAAGAUGCCUACAAAGUGUCGUGACCUGCUUACUGUGAGACAACAACUAAUUGCUGAGGAUGUGAAGGUAGAAAAGUCAUUCUUUGAAGCUUGUAAAAGAGACAUACACCAGAAUCAAUGCAUUGUGGACAUGAACACCUUAGAUGGACAUGCUCAACGCUCAUCCGUUCUCCUGUGCUUGGAACAUGCUCUCAAAUCAGGUCAUCGUCCAGCUGCAGAGUGUCUUACUGAGAUGACCAUGCUGCGUAAAACUCUGCUUGAGGACUACCAGAUCACCCCGGAGAUUGUUGCUAAUUGUGACCAGGAGAUAGAGCUCUUUUGUAAGGCCAAGGAGGGGCUGGAUGCGCAAGGGGGGACCCUCCACUGCCUUAUGGAGCACGCCAACACACGCGAGAGACAGAGGCAGAACCUGAGAGACGGACGCAAAGGUCUUGAGGCACCGCAGUUCAGGCCAGCAUGUAAAGCAGCUAUUGAGGAUCUGCUUAAGGAAGCAGAUGUCGGUGAGGAUGUGAAGGUUGACGGGGCUCUCAUGGCUGCGUGUAGGGCGGUCAUCACAGGGGAAUGUCGAAGCGCCAAAUCGGAAGAGAUGAUGGAUUGUCUGAUGGAAAAAAUUGAUUCUGAUGAUAUGACAGAUGCUUGUGAAAGAAGACUCUUGGAAAUACAGUAUUUCGUCGUCCGAGACUUCAGACUGGACCCUGAGCUGUUCCGACAGUGUCACAAGGACGCGGUGCAGCUUUGUCAUUAUGAAGAGGACUGGGCCCAUCAGCGUGGCCCCUCUGCUGACCCAGACCCGAAUGUUCUGCCGUGUCUGUAUCGUCAUCUUCCCCACAAGCUGAAGGAGCUGAAGGACCAAAUGGAAGAUGAGUAUGAGGACCAAAAGGACAAUGGUGUAGAGAAUGGCAAGAAGAUGGAGACAUUAGACAUACAACCUCUAAGCCGAGGCUGUGAGCAUGAAGUUCGACGAGCGAUGCGACGCAGGGCCAAGAGUAUUGACCUGGAACCGAAACUGGAGUCAGCCUGUCUUAUUGAAUUGGGCGAAAUGUGCUCUGAUCUGAAAAAAUAUGACAAGGGUGAGGAGUUAGAGUGUCUACAAGACAACUAUGAUGAGCUGGAGGGUGAGUGUAAAGAGGAGGUUGGAAAGCUGAUUCAGGACGAAGAUGAGGACCUGGACCUGGACACCAUCCUGAUGAAGGCCUGUACACCCAUGAUCAAGCAGUUCUGUGGGGAAGGCCUGGAUAAAAACGCUGAAGCAUCAGAGAUUAUGGACUGCCUGAUAAAGAGCAAGAAUAAUGCUGACAUGAAUGAAAAAUGCCGUAUUGGAAUCGAACACCAUCAAAUAGUACAGAUGAAAGACUACAACUUCUCACACAAGUUCAGAGAUGCCUGCAAGAAGGAUGUCUUAAGUCACUGCAAAGAGUCAAAAACAAAGGCAGAUGUGGUCGUGUGCUUGAGCGAGCUAGUGAGGAACGAUAUUCUCCAAGAAAGUGCGGCCCGUAUCAGCCAAAAGUGUAGACAGGAAGUCAGGGCAGACCUCCUAGAAAUGAGUGAAGAUAUCAACUUGGACCCUAAGCUAAAAAAAUCUUGUGAGAAAGAUAUUGAAAAUUAUUGUACAGGAAUAAAAGGAGGAAAUGCCAAGGUGACUGAAUGUCUUAGGGACCACAAAAGAAAGCUGUCAGAUGGGUGUCAUAAAAUGCUGUUCAAAAGAGAAAUUGAUGAAGCCGUACAGGGCGCAGACUUCAAACUGUUCCAGCAGUGCAAAUCAAUGAUUAAGAAGUACUGCAGUCACAAGGAACCGUCCGAUGUCCUCAGAUGCCUCCGGAACCAUGUGGAAGAGGUCGGAUUCGACUCCAGUUGUAAACAGAUUGUGGAGAGACGAGCCAUGGAAAGCACUAAAGAUUACAGGAUAAACCCCUCUCUGGCUAAAUCAUGCAAAAUGGACAUUAGAAAAUUCUGCAGUGAUGUUAUAAAAGAAAAUUCUAAUGAUAAAGAAAUGGAGGGAAAGGUCAUCAAUUGUUUGAGAAGAAAAUACACAACAGGGGAGCUUACAAAGGCAUGCGUGGCUGAAAUCCGUCCAUUGAUUAAAGAAGUUCAUCAGGAUAUAAACAUGGACCCUGUGUUACUGGAGGCCUGUCAAAAACAGAUCCAGAGUUUCUGUAGUGAUGCGCUGGGUGACCACGACAAGAAUACGGAGGUCCUUCGCUUCCAGCCAAAAGAUGAGGAAUCCAAGGUCAAGACCUGCCUUGAGGAGAAGCUCACCGAGGGAAAAAUAGAUAAACAAUCUGAUUGUGCUCAUCAAAUAGCACAGUGGCAAAAUGAGGUAAACAUUGAUAUUCAUACUGACCCAGAACUCAACAUUGCCUGUACCCCCACUCUCACACGUUGGUGCCGCGAAUACGAGUCUGGACAGGGAAUGAAGAUGUCGUGUCUUUUACAAGUUCUUGAGGACUAUCCGGAUAAAAUGGAUUUGAAGUGCCGUAAUCUUCUGGAGAAAAGGAGGACAUUAUGGGAGUUUGCCGCUCAGAUUGCCCCAAUAGAGACAAUAGAGGAUCUCCAUGGACAGAUCAUGCAGUCUCCAGCACGCAACUAUAUCUACGGUGUUUUAAUGACCAUUAUUGGUGUGAUAUUUAUUGUCGGCAUUACUUGUGGCCGAGUGACUAAACGUGUUACAGCAGCACAGAAAAACAAAUAACGCUCACAUGUCUUUGAACAAAUGUAUCCGUGAAAGGUGGUUUGAUUGUUUUGGGAGGCGGUAAAACUUAAUGAGAUUUUGUUGUUUGAGGGGAUUUAAACUUCACAAGAUUUUGUUGAUACCUUUCAUUUGAAUAUUUUUCUAAAUUGAGAAGAAACUUUUCCUAUUCUUUUAGUUACAAUAAUAAAAGUUACUUUCUAGAAGGAAUAUAUACGUAAGAUGUAACAUCAUCAAUGUAUACAUGAUGGCGAACUGAAAUAAAAGAUGUAUUUUUUGUAUUUUUGUAGUGUAUUUGAAAUGUAUUUUUUAAAUAGUGAGAGUAAUACUGAAAAUAACAUAGUUUUUGCAUAAUAUUGAAACAGAUUUACAAAAAAAGUGUUUAAUGUUAUUUUAUUUGUUAAGCAGUUUUGUUAUAAUGUUAAUGUGAAAAACUACAGAAAAUAUUAGCUUAAAAUAUUAUUGUUAUACUCAAUAUUAAUGUAAUGCAGCAUUAAAGUAUGUUUUUUUUUCAAGAAAUGUUUAUUUUUUAUACCUAACUAAUAUAGUACCUAAGCCUAAAUUUACUUAUUACUUGAGUCUUGGUUUAAGACUCUACACACACAGCUUGCCAUCUUUAUUUCCAUGUAAAAUUGCUAUUUAAAAAAAGAAAGAUGUUUAUAAUAAGAUAUUUUACAAUUUUUUUUACAAUUUUUGCCAACCUUAAUUUUUUGAAGAUUUCGUUUAAAGUUUGCUUGAGUCUGAGUUAAAUAAUGUUAUUUAAGAAUUGGAAUAUAUAUGAUUUCGGAAGCAGAUGUGAACAAAAUUGUAGGGCCAGUUAUUUUAGAUAUAGAUAAGAAUGUCUUUUAACUCAGACUUAGAUAUGGCCCAGUUGGUGGGCCAAGUUGGUAUAAUUACUAAAAAAGCAACUUUCAAAAAGCAUUAUUUGUAAAUGAUUUUGUUAUUGUGUAUAUCGCUUUUUCAAAAAGUGUUAUUUGAUAGAAUGUAUGCUGGUAAUGAUUGGGAAUCAUAAUUUGUAUGUGUAAAAAAAUGAUUGUUUAUGAUAACAUUUCUUGUCUAUUUUUGUUUAUUCAUAUUUUCUCUUUCAUAAGAAGAACAUUCCUAUAGAUGUAGCGAAAACGUGUUAAAGCUGCACUCUCACAGAUAUACCGUUUUUACAACUUUUUUUAUUUUUGUCUUGGAAAGAGCAAAUUUUUGCAUAAAUAUCUGCAAACCAAUGAUAAAAGAUUGCUGACAAAUGAUCAGACUGCAGAUUUUCAUAUUUCUGUUCGAAAAUUAAUGUUUUAUGGCUUAAACCGUAACUAACGGUUUAAGAAAAUUGCAUAAAACAUCAAUUUUUGAACUCAAAUAUAAAAAGUUGCGAUCUAAUUUUUUGUCAGCAGUCUUAUAUAACUGGUUUUCAUACAUUUUUGCCAAAAAUGACUCAUUCCAAGACAAAAAAUAAAAAAAAAGUUGUUGAAACGUUCAAUCUGUGAGAGUGCAGCUUUAUUACCCAUCAACAUGUUUGAAUUUACAACUAUGAUGUUGUUAGUGCUUUACCAGCAUUGUCUCUAUAUCAGAUAAAAGUGAUUAAUACUGAUUGAAAAUCAUGAUGUUAUCUAUAGCUUUAAUUACCAAACCUUCUAUGUUUUUUCUUCCUAUAGCACUAUGCAGUAUCCUGUAUCCCCUAGUCUGCUCAUUCUGAAAUAACCAGACCUAGUGCAUUUUGUUAUAUUAAUACAAAAAUUACUUUUCUCAUCGGCAGAAACAGAUGUGGUUUUUCUAGUUUUUUUUUGUUAAAAAUGAUAUAGCUUUUUUGGGUCUUGAAUUAAAACGUAAUUUAAAGUUAGUUUAAAUAGCCUUUCCAUUUGAACUAAAACUUUGUCUGUCUCAUUAAACAACAUAAGUUAUAUUAUCACAACUGUCCUGUUUUAGUGAAGCAAUAGAUGCUGUUGAUGCAUACAUUAAGUUUAUAGGAUUUCAUUUGGCUUCCUAACAUUAAAAUGUAUGUAUAGAUGGUUUUCAAACCUUAUAUACUCCAUAUGAUUAUGCAUUCAGUUUACAUGAAUCUCAGAAAGAAGUGUUGCAUUAUUUUAUUACAUGCUUUUCCAUGGUUUAUUGACAAUAAUAAGUUGAUACAGAGAGUUUAUAGAAACAUGAUUUCACUGUUUCCCUCAAUUUUACUAAUUACCAGGUUUCACUAAACUUGGAACUUGAAUCACAUACACAGCUGGGAAGAAAAUAUUGAUGAAGUCAUUUCUGGCAUGAUGUCAAUGACAAUUUGUUUAAGUGAAGGUAGAUUUUCCCAUGUUAUCAAUACAUGUAUGAAUUGAAUUUGAUGAAUUAGAAAGAUGAAAUAAAUAGAGAUUGAUUGGUUCAGUGUAAGAAUGCAAUAUAUUUUCAUUGUGAACAUGAGUAAUAAAUAUUUUCACUGUGGUAGAGAUGCCCAUACGUUACAAGGUUUAGUUCUCUCUCGGUGAUAUAUGUUGCUGUCAUACACUGAAACUAGCAAUUAUCCCCAUCCAAGUAUGUCAUAAAGAAGACAACGGAGGUGUCAUACUGUGUUUAUAACUUUUGUUAAUGUUUAUUCAAACAUGUAUUUUUUUUGCUGUUACAGAAUUGUUUUGUAUUGAUUUACCUGUGAAAUAUUUUUGUUAUGUCAUUUGCUUAGGAAAAUAACCCUACACAUGUUGAAACAUAUUUGUAGAAUAAAAAUCGAGGGUGUUUUGUUCUCUUUAUCUUGUUAAAAAUGAUUGUGUAAGUAUAAGGUAUAAGUUCUUACUCUAUCACAUUUCUAUACACUAAGUUACUUAGGUCUUAAUGUGACAAUAUCACAAUUUUGUAAAAACAAGGGAGAAAGAAACUGUGAUUAAUUAUAUUGGUGCAAACGUUAUAAUUGAAUUAUUACUGAUAUUUCAGAAUAAAAACAGUGCUGUAAAAUGUUUUGAUAUAGUUCAAACAUAAAGGAAUAUUGUUGAGCUAUUCAUGAUCAAUACUCAUGAUUAUUUAACAAAUGAUGCAAAUAAAUCAUCCAGAAAAUGUUGCUUCAUUGUAAACUCAUUUAACAUUGGUAUCAGCAAAGUGAGUUUAUUUAUAAUAUAUCCUAUUUUAUGUGUCUUUAUUGCUUGAAUCAUCUGCCGGGGCUAACUAUCAGUUGACAAAUGAGUCGUGUCUGUGAUGGGGAUUUUUAUGCCCCCGAAGGUGGGCAUAUUAAAAUCGCACCGUCCGUCCGUCCGUCCGGCUCUGUAACUUUCCCUUGUAUGGACAGAUUUUAGAAUAACUUGACACAUGUGUUCCACAUACCAAGGCAACGUGUGGCGUGCAAGACUUGUGUCCCUACCUCAAAGGUCAAGGUCACACUUAGUGUUUAUUCACAAUGGAGUGCUGCAUAUAAGGACAUAGAGUAUAUUUUGUCGUGUCCGGGCUGUAACUUUCCCUUGUAUGGACAGAUUUUAAAAUCACUUGCCACAUGCGUUCCACAUACCAAGACGACAUGUCGCCUGCAAGACCCGUGUCCCUACCUCAAAGGUCAAGGUCACACUUAGUGUUUAUUCACAAUGGAGUGCUGCAUAUAAGGACAUAGAGUAUAGGUUGUCGUGUCCGGGCUGUAACCUUCUCUUGUAUGGACAGAUUUUUAAAUAACUUGCCACAUGUGUUCCACAUACCAAGACAACGUGUCGCGUGCAAGACCCGUGUCCCUACCUCAAAGGUCAAGGUCACACUUGGUGUUUAUUUACAAUGGAGUGCUGCAUAUAAGGACAUAGAGGAUAGGUUGUCGUGUCAGGGCUGUUACAUUCCCUUGUAUGGACAUAUUUUAAAAUCACUUGCUACAUGUGUUCCACAUACAAAGACAACGUGUCGUGUGCAAAACCCGUGUCCCUACCUCUAAGGUGAAAGAUACACUAAGUGUUUAUUCACAAGGGAAUUCUGAAUAUAAGGACAUAACAGUGUAGGUUGUCAAGUAUGGGUGGUAUUUUUUAUGUUCAGAGGCAAUUUAAAAUAAUUUGCCAUAUGUAUUUGACACGUAAAGGCAAUAUCAACUUUUCAUGUACUGACCUUGUUCGUAGGUCAAUGUCACAUUCGGGGGCAUUCGUCGCAUACUGUGACAGCUCUUGUUUUUCUGAAAAUCAAACAUGUGUCAACACAAUUUUUUUAUAUAUAUAUUUGCCUAAUAUCUUCUAUAUUCAUAGAUCUCGCAUGCAUACAUAGUUCUACCAUGCUUUCAUAGUUCUAUCAUGCAUUCAUAGAUGUAUCAGGCCUUCAUAGAGCUAUCAUGCAUUCAUAGAUGUAUCAGGCCUUCAUAGAGCUAUCAUGCAUUCAUAGAUGUAUCAGGCCUUCAUAGAGAUAUCAUGCAUUCAUAGAUGUAUCAGGCCUUCAUAGAGCUAUCAUGCAUUCAUAGAUGUAUUAGGCCUUCAUAGAGCUAUCAUGCAUUCAUAGAUGUAUCAGGCCUUCAUAGAGCUAUCAUGCAUUCUUAGAUGUAGCAGGCCUUCAUAGAGCUAUCAUGCAUUCAUAGAUGUAUCAGGCCUUCAUAGAGCUAUCAUGCAUUCAUAGAUGUAUUAGGCCUUCAUAGAGCUAUCAUGCAUUCAUAGAUGUAGCAGGCCUUCAUAGAGCUAUCAUACAUUCAUAGAUGUAGCAGGCCUUCAUAGAGCUAUCAUACAUUCAUAGAUGUAGCAGGCCUUCAUAGAGCUAUCAUGCAUUCAUAGAUGUAUCAGGCCUUCAUAGAGCUAUCAUGCAUUCAUAGAUGUAUUAGGCCUUCAUAGAGCUAUCAUGCAUUCAUAGAUGUAUCAGGCCUUCAUAGAGCUAUCAUACAUUCAUAGAUGUAUCAGGCCUUCAUAGAGCUAUCAUACAUUCAUAGAUGUAGCAGGCCUUCAUAGAGCUAUCAUACAUUCAUAGAUGUAUCAGGCCUUCAUAGAGCUAUCAUGCAUUCAUAGAUGUAUCAGGCCUUCAUAGAGCUAUCAUGCAUUCAUAGAUGUAUCAGGCCUUCAUAGAGCUAUCAUACAUUCAUAGAUGUAUCAGGCCUUCAUAGAGCUAUCAUACAUUCUUAGAUCUACGAAGUGCCUACAACUAACUAUUGACAUUUUAUUGAGUCAUUUGAUAUUAGUUUACGCAGGGGGACAUCAUUUACCUGUGAUUGGGUCGUUUGCCGAUAAUCAAAUCUGUGUCAACCCCAAAAACAGUAAUACCUUCUUGCCUAAUAUCUUGUAUGUUCUUAUAUCUAUCAUGCAUUUAUGGUUCUAUCAUGCGUUGAGGUUCCAUCAUGUGUUCUUAUAUCUAUCAUGCAUUCAUGGUUCUAACAUGCGUUGAGGUUCCAUCAUGUGUUUUUAUAUCUAUCAUGCAUUCAUGGUUCUAACAUGCGUUGAGGUUCCAUCAUGUGUUCUCGUAACUAUCAUGCAUUCAUGGUUCUAUCAUGCGUUGAGGUUCCAUCAUGUGUUCUCGUAACUAUCAUGCAUUCAUGGUUCUAACAUGCAUUGAGGUUCCAUCAUGUGUUCUCGUAACUAUCAUGCAUCCAUGGUUCUAACAUGCGUUGAGGUUCCAUCAUGUGUUCUCGUAACUAUCAUGCAUUCAUGGUUCUAACAUACGUUGAGGUUACAUCAUGCGUUCAUAUAUUGAUCAUGAGUUCAUGGUUCUAUCAUUCAUUCAUAGGUCUAUCAUGCGUUCAUAGUAAUAUCAUGCAUAUGUUGCCUGCUUACCAUGGAAUAUGGACAUUUAUGUACCAUUGUAAAUGACAUGUUUUGUAUAGUACAGCAUUAACAUCUUCUAAAUCAUUCUUCUAUUAACAUAUACUAAAUCAUUCUUUCUCUAAAUCAAAAAUGCACACUUUGUCACAGAAAACAGAUUGAAAAAAAACCCACACAAUAAAUAGCAAACUCCUUACAAUUUCAGAAAGAACUUGACAACCAACUUGUAUGUAUAAUUGAUACAUGGGUGACCAAAAGUGCUUGUUCUUUCCUGAUUUUGUUGUUGAAUUGUUAACUCGUACUGUGAUGCAUUGGUUGAUUAAAUAGGUCUAUAACACUG